UGGUGGUGGUGGUGGUGGUGGUGGUGGUGGUGGUGGUGGUGGUGGUAUGAGAGUGUUGACGACAGGGCAUUCUGUCUCCAGUUCAGCCACGGGCGGAGAAGACACAGAGGACGUCUUACUAAGAAUGAGGAACAGCCCAUGGUCUGGUCACUCAGGCUCCUUUGCGCAUCCUGACCGAUCCAUGUCAAAGGCGCUCCUCGCCACGCCCUCUCCUGUAAAAGAAAAGGCCCUCAGCUUGGAGGUGGCAGACAGGCGCGAUUCGGAGAAGGACUCCUUCGACCAGAAUGGAGGCAGAUCUCUCUCCAGUGCUAGUUGGAGCACUGCAACCGAUGAACAGGGCAGGAGCAGAAGACAGAAGGGGGCUCCGCUCAAGGUCGUUGACCAGACAUCAAAGAUCCAAAGGGCUCGCCAACUUUUCCCUACUCGAAAGGCUACGAAGAUAACACUGCAAACACCUCUCCAGGAUGAGGAAUCGAAACAAGAUGAGCUUCUUGCGCAAAUAAGAAAUCUUCCUAAGUAUGUGGCCUAUCAAAUACAUCCCAUCACAGCAGCCGAAGAUUGCCUUAAAGUGCAACCGGUUUCGGCUAAGCAGGGUCUCAAGACAAAACCUGACACCCCCGGAAAUGCAGUAUUGCCAGAUGCUGUUCCGUUAAAGAAACUUACGCAAUCCGAGGAAGUCCUACACCCCAUAGAAAUCAGGCCAUGUCCAAAGACUGCGAAGCGACUGUCUAUUCUUGGAAAAGUACUGAAGCGGUCGACUGAAACCACCUCCAGCCUCAGCUCUGGCCUCGACUCCACGAGUAGUGAUCAGUCGGAGAUCCCUCAGCUGCAUUACUUCCGACCUGUUGAGUCGCAGGUAGAUGAAGACGCGCCAAAGGAAAUGCAUAGGAAGGAUCCAAUCGUACUGGCUCUCAUAGACACCAUCAUGAAGUGUCUAGUGGUGUUUGGCAGUUACUCGGAAAGACAGAUGGAAGCCAUUGCACCCAGGAUGUUUAACUGUCCGUUUGACCCUCACCAAGUCAUUAACGUGCCCAAAGGCAGUAUCUUUAGUGACGAUCCAGACGGCGCCUAUAUGGACCUCUUCUGUUUCCAGGUGCUUGAUACGAUUAGAGCCGGCAUAAGUAUUGCAGCCAAUGACCGCUACCUUCUUACUCUUGCCCACAACCUACUUAAAACUUUCGGUUCCCUUGGAGACCUUGGUUUAGCUCCACCAGAGGACUUCCGAAUUGCCGUGCAACGACAGCGUGAAGCGGACGACGAGGCGGAGGCUGAAGCGGAGGCUGACAGCACAUUCGAUGAGUUCACCAAGUGGUCGGAGGUCAAGCGUCGUUCAUAUCUGGGUUCUGACUGGUUUGACGAACCCAGCAGUGAUAGUGGCGCCACUCUUCUCUACAGGCCUCCA